CAAAUCGAAGGGGAGUGGUCCAGUAAACUGGAGUCCUGAUUAGGUCGUUCCGAUCAGAUGCAAACCCGUUUACAGACCCUUGCCGUUCUCGUGUCCGGGACGAUCUCUCCACUGCCGAUUCAUCACCACCGACGCCGGCCAUCUUCUUCGCCUCGUUAGUCUGGUAUCCGGUACAAUUUCCAUGGCGGCGAUCUAUAGCCUCUUCAUAAUCAACAAAUCCGGCGGUCUCAUCUUCUAUAAGGAUUACGGAUCGGCGGGGCGGAUGGACACGAACGAUAGCUUGCGGCUGGCGAGCUUGUGGCACUCGAUGCACGCCAUCUCGCAGCAACUGUCGCCCACCACCGGUUGCUCCGGCAUUGAGCUUCUGCAAGCCGAUACCUUCGAUCUACACUGCUUUCAGUCCCUCACUGGAACAAAGUUCUUCGUUGUUUGUGAGCCUGGCACGCUGCACAUGGAAGCUUUGUUGAAAGUGAUCUAUGAGUUGUACACAGAUUAUGUUCUGAAGAACCCUUUCUAUGAGAUGGAGAUGCCGAUCCGGUGUGAGCUUUUUGACCUCAACCUUUCUCAAGCAAUCCAAAAAGACCGUGUUGCAUUGUUAGGCAGAUAAAUGACUGGAAUGUUUGCAAUUUUCUUUUGUGGAUUUUAAUGGCAAGAGGUUUAUUUGCGUGUGAUAAGUUUCUCUUUACUUGCGUGUAAUAAGAUUUUAAUUGCGAUGUUGAAAACGUACCUUGAUCUGGCUUCAAUGGGCAGCCGCUGCAGCACACCUUCUCUUUGUCAGACAUUCGAUCGAUUCUCAACUUGAUAAUUUUUUUAAUGGAUGAUUAAUGUAAGAACGAUAAAUUGAUAAAUUAAUGGAUAUCUGUUGUAAGUGUUUUUUUUUUGUCA